AUGGACAAAUUUACAGCAUUUCCAAAACAGUAUUUGGACCGCGACAAAUUAGCAGCACUUCCAAAACAGUAUUUUGACCGCGACAAAUUAACAGCACUUCCAAAACAGUAUUUUGAUCGCUUCCGAUUCAGUCAAUCCGCACCUUAUGUCGACAAUGAGAAAACAGCAACAAAUAAUGAUCUAGUAUCGUUAUUUGAUGGUUUAGCAGAAGCUCUGAAAUUGAAAACGACCAGUAUUCACCAAAUUUGUCAGGAAUUAUUUGAUAUAUCAGAUGAAAAAUUAACAGAUGUAUUACUGUUAGAUCAUCAACUUUACGCCUUACUAUUACCCAAUACUUUAUCUGAAUUAUUAGAAAAAUGGUAUUCAAAAACACCUUUGACAGAUGAUGAGAGUGACUUAUUUGGUGAAACAAGUAAAUUAUUAUUAAAACUAAUUCAAGGUUCGAAUGACGAACAGGAUAAAAUCGAUAAAAUUAGAACAUGGCUGUUAAAUGAGACAUUUAUUGGAGCGAUAUGUUCUUGCGUUCAAGAAAUAGCCAAAACAGGUACAUAUUUAUCCGAUCAUAAUCUGGAACAUCUGAAUACACUAUUGGAAGCACUAACAAGUUUCCAAGAUAGACGAAAAUCAAUUAUGGAUAAUUCAGCAAUGUUACUGUUACUUGAAUCCGUUGUUGCAUGUUUAACAUCGUCCUAUUAUACUGAUACAUUUCUUGUACUUCGACCAGAAGCCACAAUGUUAACGAAAUCUGAAGCAUUUUUGUUGAUAACAUGUGUGGACUAUUUGAAGAGCUAUGAUGGUCAGAGAAAAAUGGAACUAUCAGAGAAGCUUCUGCAAACAAUGAUUGAAAAGUACAUUAAAAUCUAUGAUCAUUUUUUACCGUCGAUUGAACAAUGGAAACAUUCUCUUACUCGUUCUAUUUACUGUAUGACACAUUUAAUAUCAUACCAUGAUAAAAAUUUAAAUGGAUGUGAAGAAAAACUAGUUCAUAAUCUCUCUCAAAUAUUAAAUUCAACAAAUUUAUUUCGAAACAUCUCAUCGAUAGGCAUUAAUAGUGAAACAUUGUUAAUAGAAGCCGCUUUACGUAUACUCAAUGAAUUGACGUUGAAUCCGACUACACUGGCCAUGGUUAGAGAAAAACAAUUGAAUGACACUAUCAUAAAAUUCACCAAAGUGGAAAAUGAUGAAAUUACGCUUAAAGCCUGCCAACUAUUAGGCUCGAUUAUGUCAGAAGACGAAUUUAAACAAACAGUUGAUCUGGUUAAAGUGACAGAAGUGGCUAUUAAUAACUUGAAGGAUGCGCUCAAUUCCCCGUCAGGGGAAAAUCGAGAAAAAGUUUUAUCAAACUUGAAAAAAAAUGAUGAUAUUAAAAAUGAGAUCAUUAAUCAAAAUGCAUUAGGUUCAAUAAUUAAAAGUUCAACGGACAAAGCGGAUGACGCAACACCAUUACAAAUCCUCUAUUCAAUCUCAUUUAAUGGGAAUGCCGUCGAUCAACUUAAAAAUGAUGAAAAUUUUAUCGAACAUGUUCGAGAACAAGAGAAAUCUGAUAAUGUAGACGUACAGAUUGCUGCUAAAGGUAUAAUGUGGAAACUUGUUGGUGAAGCAAAGUUUAUUACUGAACAAGAAGAAAAGGAAACCGCCCAUCUUAUUCAAUCACAAGAAUCAAAUACGAUUGAAGUGGAUAAGUCUUCACUAAAACCAGAUGACAGACGCACCAGCAUUGAUGAAUCUGAAAAAUAUGACAUGAUGAUUAGUUAUUCGUGGAACGAAAAAGAAUUGAUUUAUAAAAUACACGAACGAUUAGUCAAAGAUGGAUAUAAAAUAUGGCUUGAUUUAGAUAAUAUGUAUGGUUCAAUCAUCCUACGGAUGGCGGAGGCCAUUGAAAAUUCUGACUUUAUUUUGAUGAGUAUGUCGAGUGCCUAUAAAAAAUCGCCAAAUUGUCAGGCAGAAGCGGAAUAUGCUUAUAAUCGAAAGCGACGUAUUAUUCCACUGAUUACCGAAGCAAACUACAGAGCAAAUGGAUGGUUAGGAUUUAUCGCCGGUUCAAAAAUGUAUGUUGAUUUUCAACAAGGUGACUUUGAUAGCGCAUAUAAUCUUUUAAUCAAAGAAAUCAAACGAAAUCAAGGAAAAAGUGUUCCACCGAAAGAGCGAAGCAAACCACCAGUUGAAGAAAUAAAAGAGAAAAAAGCAGUUGGUGAGACAGUGCCAGCAAGAGUAGUGGAAGAUCAAGAACAUGUUGGAGCGUCAAAAGGAAAUAUGGAGGGGAUGAGAACAUCCAGCCAGAAUUUAUGGAUUGAAGUUGACUUACCUCAAACUCGGGGUUAUGUUGAUAUUGAAGAUGUGAAGAACUGGUCCGAGCAGAACGUUCUGGAAUUUUUAAAUGAUUUCAAACUGGGUGAAAUGGCAUCACUGUGCCAUUCAAUGGAUGGUUGUAGUUUGAUUGAAUUGUAUGAAGCAUGUGUCUCGUCAUCAGAAUCAAUGUAUAAAAUAUUAAACACGCAAUUUGUUGAAGUCAAUCGGAGGACAUUACCAAUAGCUGUUUAUUUUAAAUUUAUUGGUAAACUUAAACAAUAUCUUCGAAAAAAAUCAAAUGAAAAACCUUGUACUAUAUUCUGA